GGGCGCGGCCCAGAUAAAAAGAGCAUGCUGCUGCGGUUCCAGCCUCGCCUCCGCCUCCUCCCGUCAGCAGCAGCAGCAGCGUCGGCGCCGCCUUUUCCUCCGCGCGGGCCCGCCUCCACCACCGGCGUCUCCGUCGUCGUCGUCGGCGGCGGCGCGGGAUCGGGCGUGCGCAUCACCUGCGGGCGGCGGCGGCGGCGUCGCGGGACGGCGGUGGCGAUGGCGUCCGGCGACGCGCGCGUGGCGGGGAUCGCGUCCUCCAUCCGCGUCAUCCCCGACUUCCCCAAGCCAGGGAUCAUGUUUCAAGACAUCACGACGUUGCUCCUUGAUCCGAAGGCGUUCCGCGACACGAUCGACCUCUUUGUUGAGCGGUACAAGGACCAAGGGAUCACCGUUGUUGCUGGUGUUGAAGCUAGGGGUUUUAUCUUUGGCCCUCCUAUUGCUUUAGCUAUAGGUGCAAAAUUUGUACCUUUGAGAAAGCCAAAAAAGUUGCCAGGUGAGGUGAUCUCUGAAGAAUAUUCUUUGGAAUACGGGACCGACAAAAUAGAAAUGCACGUCGGAGCUGUGGAGGCCAAUGAUCGAGCACUUGUUGUCGAUGAUCUUAUUGCUACUGGUGGAACACUUUGUGCAGCUGUCAAACUUCUUGAACGUGUUGGAGCAAAGGUGGUUGAGUGUGCUUGUGUCAUUGAAUUGCCAGAAUUAAAGGGCCGGGACAAGCUAGGGGACAGGCCCGUUUUUGUCCUUGUGAAAGCAGACUGAGCAGGAUGGAAUACAAGUACACAACUUAGGACUUCUCAGAGUUGGCCCUGUUGAUGCUCCCUCUCCAGAACCAUUCUGGAGGCAACAAAGUAUCCCAUUUUACAGCAUCGGCUAAUUCCUAGCUGAUGCAUAAUAAAGUUUUAUCUUUGAAUUUGUGAGGCCAUGAAUUAUUUGUCAAUAUGGACAUGAUUGCUGGUCCUUGUAAGGCUUAUGUAUGUCAAAACAGUGCCAACUAUUCAGAUCAAAAUUAAGGAUAAUCCUUGUUGGAGUUUGUUGUCAUUGCUAGUA